AUGUCGUACCGGUCGAGCGAGUCGAAGAAGGAGGAGUUCCGCAAGUACCUCGAGUCCACGCAGGUAGUCGAUGCCCUUACCCGUGUUUUGGUCAACCUCUACGAAGAGGAGGAAAAACCCGAGGACCCAGUGGACUACAUCAAGCGGGUUCUUGGAGGUGCCUCGUCGGCCGACUACGAGGCGCUGCAGCAGGAAAACGCGCGUCUCCGCGCAGAGGUGGAGCUUCUGAAGAAGCAGGUUAGUGGGCAGGCGCAGUAG